UAAUCAUUCAUUCAUCUUAUAUAAAUGAUAAUUAGCUAAAGAUUGAUAGAAACUAUUGAAUUGACUAAUUUAUAUUAAAAUAGAAUAAUGUAUUAUAAUAAUUAUCAAAUUGUUCGUAUUAUUAUUGGAUGUAUAGGAAUAUUAUCAAUAUUAUCACAUAUUAUAGCAGCAAUAUUAUGGAUUGCAUAUAUUAUAGGUUGGAGAAUAAUACGUCAAUUAAAAUAUAUACAACAAAGACAAGAAAUUAAUCAACAUUCAUCUAUGACACCUUAUUCAACAAUUACAAAUACAAUAUCUUAUAAAAACAAUGUCAAUGCACAACAACAACACCACCGCCGACAACAACGACAACAAGAACAACAAAGCAAAUCUGUAAAAUUAUGUAAACAACAUUUAACAUGGCCAAUAUGUUCAUUAAGAAUGUCUACACAAAUUAUUAUAUUAUCAAUGGAAAUGAUUAAUAUAAUAGGUUGUUUUGAUUUAAUAAGAUUAAUCUAUUUAUCAAUGACUGGUAAUGAUUUACGUUUAUUAACCAGUGAUUGGUUAUGUAGAAUACAAAUAUUUUUAUCAUUUAUAAGUUGUGAUAUAUCUGGUUGGCAUUUUGUAUGUUUAUGCAUUGAACGUUGUUAUAUAACAUUAUAUCCUAAAAAAUUAUAUAGUAUGAAUCAUGAUUCUAUAGGACCAGCAUUAUUAAUGAUUAUUAUUGUUUAUAUAAUAAGUAUAUUAUCAAAUAUAUUUUUAUUAAUUACAAAACAACCAAUAUGUUCUGGUAUAUUUAGAAAUAAUUUCAUUAAUAUAAUAAAAUUUUCAAUUACAUUUAUUAUACCCGUAUUAAUUGUUACUAUAUCAACUAUUGUUAUGAUUAUUGUAUUAAUUAAAUGGAAAUUAAAUAAUAAUAAAUUUGGCAUCAAAACAUUCUCUUAUCAUAAUCAUUCAAUAACAAUUAAUAAAACAAUCAAUAAUUCAAUGAAUAAAAAACAAACAUCAAAUCAAUCAUUCAUACAUAAAAAUCAAUUAAAACAUAGAAAUUUAAUUCAUUAUUCCAAUAGAAAACAAUCAACAUUUAUAAAAUUAAUUAUAUAUAAUAUAUCAGCUAGAAUAACCGUAGCUAAAAUGAUGUUAAUUUGUGCUAUUUUAUAUUUAAUUAAUUUAUUAUCAUUAUUUUUAUUUGGUUCAAUUUAUGAUGAUUAUUGUUGUUUUUUAGUUGCAAAAAUCAAUAAUCAUUGGAAUGAUAAUUUAUUUAAUUUAAUGUCUAUAUUAUAUUGGUUUAUACAAUCAAUAACUAGUUAUGUAUUAAUGUUAGGUGCUAUUAGUAUAAGACAUGAUAUAAAAAUUAUGAUAAAGUAUAUAUGGUAUAAUAUUUUUAAAAGAAAUGAAUAA